CUUUUUCUGCCUCACAUCUUUUUUCACAGUGGGGUUAAAAAUCCCUCCUUUUCAUGCGAUUUGCGAGACCAACUUUAUUUAUUUAUUUUUACCUCCUUACUUUUCUCUUCUGUUUUUCUUACCCUUUAUAACACACAAUCUCUCUCACAUUCACAUUCCUCUCUCAUCUCCUCCAUCUUCACGAAGCUCAUGGACUUCGAUUCCUCAGUCAAAACAGAGAUUGUGGAUGAGGAGACAGUGAUGAUGGAAUACGAUGAAGAAAACAAUCAGCUCGACGUCGAAUUUUGUCCGGUUGAGCAUCCGGUUGAACCGGAAGAAGAAGAUCGUCCGGUUAAAUGUCCUGUACCAAUCUCAUCUUCUCUCACCCACAAUUCAACGGAAAAAACAAAACCGGAUUGGGUUAAACACAGAGCCAGCAGCGAAACUCCGGUUUAUCCACCGCCACGUCAUGUCCGUAACGUAAGGAAGAGACACAACUCGUUCGUCGAAGGAAACAACAGUUUCUUCACGAGAUCUAUGAUUUCGACAUCGCAUCUACAGUCUCAUGACGACGAAACCACAUCUCGAAGAUCCAAUGUCACAAUCUUCCGAGUUCUUCAGCAAGUUCACGAGUUCGAGCCGUGAAACAUCAAACAGAUGUCUGUGUUGAGAUAUAAAUCGCUCGGAGAGUGCUUUUUCGCCGGCGAUUUGAUUCUUAGUUUCUGUUGGGUUUAACGGGGAGUAACGUAGAUCGUUUUAUGUAGUACCAAGGUUUCGGUAUACUUUUUUUAUAUUAAGAUCCGGUGAUAACCGGACGGUCAGAUUCGGUUAACAACUUAUAAAAUGUUACGAUUUUUAAUUUCGUGUGUGUGAAUGCGUGGCCGAAUGUUAAAAAUUUGGGUUUCGAGUCUUAUUCUAAUGGCCCAUGCUAUAUGAAUUCAGAAUAUGGACUUCUCGUAACAAGUUGUUUAUGAAGUUUUGUUGCUUGGUUGGUUUAUUCACCAAAUCCACAAACGGUUUUAUACA